AUAGUAGCGAACCAUAGCCACAUUUUAACGUUGCCACAGGCAAAAAGGUCUUCUCUCAAGUUAUGAAUUACUGAAUUGUGUUGAGCAUCGUAAAAACAACGAAGGAACCUGAGAGUUAAAGAAGAACCCAUCAGAGCACAGCACAGAGUCACACAGCGAUCAAUAAUGGCGAGCAGGUACUGGGUGGUGUCUCUUCCCGUUCACAACUCCGCUUCCACUCUCUGGAACCAGCUCCAGGAUCAAAUCUCCAAGCACUCUUUCGACACCCCUCUCUACAGGUUCAACAUCCCUAAUCUCCGCGUCGGAACCCUAGACUCUCUCCUCUCUCUCAGCGAUGAUCUCGCUAAGUCCAACACUUUCAUGGAAGGAGUGUCGCACAAGAUCCGGCGCCAGAUUGAGGAACUUGAGAGGAUCUCCGGCGUCGAGAGCAGCGGUCUCACUGUCGAUGGUGUCCCUGUUGAUUCCUAUUUAACCAGAUUUGUUUGGGAUGAAGCAAAGUACCCCACUAUGUCGCCAUUGAAAGAGAUCGUUGAUGGAAUUCAUGGUCAAGUAGCAAAGAUAGAGGAUGAUCUCAAGGUUCGUGUUUCUGAGUACAACAAUAUCCGCAGUCAGCUUAAUGCUAUCAACCGAAAGCAAACUGGAAGCCUAGCUGUCCGUGACCUUUCCAACUUGGUAAAACCUGAGGAUAUUAUAACUUCAGAACAUUUAACUACUCUCCUUGCCAUUGUUUCCAAGUAUUCACAAAAGGAUUGGCUCGCAAGCUACGAAACACUGACAAACUAUGUGGUCCCCAGAUCUUCCAAGAAGUUGUAUGAGGAUAAUGAAUAUGCUCUUUACACUGUAACACUCUUCAAUCGUGUUGCGGACAACUUCAGAACUAGUGCACGUGAAAAAGGGUUUCAAAUUCGUGAUUUUGAAUACAGUCCAGAAACACACGAGGGGCGAAAGCAGGAGUUAGAUAAAUUGAUGCGGGAUCAGGAAAGUUUGAGAGGUUCUUUGUUGCAGUGGUGCUAUACCAGCUAUGGAGAGGUUUUCAGCUCGUGGAUGCAUUUCUGUGCUGUACGUUUAUUUGCUGAGAGCAUUCUGAGAUAUGGUCUACCACCAUCUUUCUUGGCAUGUGUUUUAGCUCCAUCUGUAAAAGCUGAAAAGAAAGUACGUUCUAUCCUUGAAGGUUUGAGUGAUAGCACAAACAGUUCAUACUGGAAGUCUGAGGAUGAUGUAGGGAUGGCGGCCCUAGCGGGUGAGGAUGCCCACCCCUACGUGUCCUUCACAAUCAAUCUUGUUUGAGUGCUUUCAGAAACCAACCAGUCCAUUUGUAGAGUCCCCCUAAGGAUUCCGUUGGACAGAAAUAAUGCCAAUGCCAGACAGGAAGUGAAGAUUUUGUACACUACUAUCCUAUUCCAUUCUUUGUUAUUAUUAUUAUUUAUAUAUAAAUGGAGCAAUAAGAAGUCUAAAGAGUGUCUAGUAAAUUGUAAGGACAGUACCGGGAUUGAUCAUUAGCAACUUGUUUUAAUUUUAAUGUUUUCUGGUUUGCGAUUAUGGUACUCGGAAAAAUUUAUACAUUUGCUUAUCCAUCCCACUCGGAAAAGUUGUUAAACAUUAAAUUUUCGGGAUUGAAAUCGUUUUAACCCCAAAAAUGCAGAAUUCAAGGGGGUUGAUGA